AUGCACAAUGGACGCUCAUUUUCUAUUUUAGCACUUGGUGACACUGGAGCAGAUGGAUACGUUUUUAUUAAUUCGUUAAUGGUUGUAUUACUUAGUAAGCGUUUCGGACUUAGAGUGGAGAAACUGAGUCGUGAAUGCCCAGUACGAGGUUUUAACGGUAAACGAGCAGAGCCGAUACGACAUAUGGCUGUCCUUAUAAUUUGUAUCGAUGGAAGGAUUCAGCGUCAGAUCCCUAUGUUGAUUGCAGACCUAGGACGAUAUGACAUGAUUCUCGGACGAAUGUGGUUCGCUGAGCAUGAUGUCCUCCUUGAUUGCCGACGACACCGAAUGAUUUGGCCAGAUGAAAGAACUCUUUUCGAUGAGGUGGACGAUAUUCACCAGAAGGACGUAGACCGAAGAGAUCGUCUCUCCGAGCUAGCAGAGAUAACUACACAGAUGCAGAAGCUAAGGGGGGAUAUCUACCCUCACGCUCGUGAGCGCCAGUACGGUCAUUGGCAGAUAUAA